AUGAUCUGCCCGACUCUCGCUCUAUAUAUACUAUUAUUCUAUCUAUACUCUCUCUCUUUAUUUCUUUCUCUAUCUAUCUAUCUAUCUAUCUAUCUAUCUAUCUAUAUACUGCUUUCAUAUCCUCAUGUUAGCAAACAAUAUUAUCAACGAUAUUUCAUUGUUUAUCGAACGUGGACUUACAUCACAGAAUCCUCCAUGGAGAUGAUUACUAGACGACGACAUACCAAUUUCCGACUAAAUGAGCCACUUCUGCCAACCACUGUUCCCUACAAGCAGCCAACUGUUCCAUGGUCAAGUGUACAAUCAUCUCCACCCAAAUCUGGCUUGCUUCCUCAAGAUCAUAGCUGCAGAGACAGAACCAGUGAAUUUUUUUCUGCAGUCAAAUCAUUGCAGUCUCGAAGGAAGAAUCAUUUUAUGCCUGUACAAAAGAACAGACCACAAAAAAAUGAAUUUGCAUUAAAAGCAAGAUACAUUGGAAAGGAUUUAGCAAAUACUUUUUGCAAGAUGGAAAAACUCACUUUACUUGUUAUGAGUGAACACAUGCCAGGAAAUCCGAACGAAAUUGUGGAAUUAACAGCCAUGAUCAAACAGGACAUUACAGGGUUAAACAAGAACAUUGCAACACUUGAAGAGCUUAGCCAAACCCAGAAGCAUCAUCGUAAUAACCACCAACAGACACACUCCAAUUCAAUUGUACUUACACUCCAGUCACGAUUGGUUACACUGUCAAAUGAUUUUAAAGUUGUUCUUCAAACUCAUGCAGAGAAUUUGAAGCAACAAAAUAAACAGCAAAGUCCCCAGUUGUACAGACGAACCGAAGCUUAUCCAAGAAAGAAUUUCUACGUACAAGAUGACCAACAAGAACUUGUCAUCAAUAUGGAUUCUUCAGAGCCUCGAAAACAACAAAAUCAGGUGUUACUUGAAGAACAGAGGUCUCAUUAUCAAGAACGAGCGGACACGAUGCAAAGCAUUGAGACAACAAUUGUAGAACUUGGGUCUGUCUUCCAACGGCUGGCAACAAUAGUGAAAGAACAGGAGGAACAGGUUCACAGGAUAGAUUCUAACAUAAAUGACGCUGAUCUGAACAUAGAAGCUGCACACAGUGAACUAUUGAAAUAUUUUCAAUACGUCUCGUCCAAUCGUUGGCUAUUAAUCAAGAUCUUUAUUGUUCUCAUCAUCUUCUUUAUUGUUUUUAUUAAAUUUUUAGCCUAA